CGCGUCGCGGUCGUCACGGCCCACGGGCCGGCGCUCCUCCCUCCCCCUCGCCGCCCGCCCUCCUCCCUCCCUUCUUUUAUUCCCCACCCCCGCCUCGUCUCCUCCACCGCCGCCCCCACAUCUAUCCACCCGUCCGUCCGUCCGUUCGUCCGUCUCCACGCGCAAACGAGAGAGAGAGAAGGCUAGGUCGUCGUCGUCGUCGUGACUCGUGAGGCGAAGAGAGAUCUGGGAGGAGCCAUGGACGGGAAGUUGCCGCCGCCGAACCCGAACCUGCCGUACCGGGAGGAUUGCUGGAGCGAGGGCGAGACGGCCGCGCUCGUCGACGCCUGGGGCUCGCGCUACCUCGAUCUCAACCGCGGGAGCCUCCGCCAGCCGCAGUGGCGGGAGGUCGCCGACGCCGUCAACUCCCGCCCGGGGGCCUCGGCGCGCCGCCGCCCGCCGCGCACCGACAUCCAGUGCAAGAACCGCGUCGACACGCUCAAGAAGAAGUACAAGGCCGAGCGCGCGCGCGGCGGGCCGUCGCCCUGGGCCUUCUACGGCCAGCUCGACCUCCUCGUCGGGCCCACGCUCACCGGCAGCAAGAAGCCGUCCCCGCCGCGCGCCGCGCUGCCCGUCUUCCGGAGGCGCCAGACGCCGCCGCGCUCCCCGUCGCCGCAAUCGCCGCCGCCGCUCCCCAUGGCGCUCCCGCUGCACAAUUACCGCCGUGGCUCCGACCUCCCCUCCGCAAACCUCAUCCAUAAGGCGGCUGCGGCCGCCGCCGCUGCUGCCGCCGAGUCCGACUCGGAAGAUGGCUACAAUAACAACGACUACGACGAUGACGAAGGCUCUCAGCAGUCGCCGUCGCGUUCUGUAUCUUCUGGCUCCGGUGCUGCUGCUGCUGCUGCUCCGGCUGUUGGCAGCAAGAGGAAGAUGAUCAGCGGGAGCGGUGGAUUCGGGGAGCUAGCGAGGGCAAUUGAGACUUUCGCGGAUAUGUACGAGCGCAUGGAAGCUGCUAAGCAGCGGCACGCGGAGGAGAUGGAGAGGCAGCGAAUCAAGUUCCUCAAGGAUCUGGAACUGAAGCGGAUGCAGGCUUUUGUGGACAUGCAGCUGCAGCUUGCGAGGGCAAAACAUGCCAGGAAGGGUGAUGCUUCCUCAGAGAUGCUCAUGUCUCUCGCUGCACUGCCAUUCCUCAGCAGUCCUGCUUACCUCUAAAUUGGAAGAGUUAGAUUGUUAGGAGCUAACGUGGUGAUGUCGCUCUCAGAUGAAGAUGGAUCUGGGCUCGGUGGUAGACUGCCAGACUGGUAGUAGCACUUCGGUAUAGACAGCCUGAGUUGGUAGUGGGAAACUGAAGUAGUCUAUUGCUGAUGCGCGAUGCCUGUUCUCGCCAGUCGCCCAAUCAAUCCCCAUGUGCCAUGGUCGACGAAAGAUGGGAGAACCCAACCUUUUAUAGUUUUCGCGUUCCUGAAACAGUCAUAUAGUUUUCGCGUUCCUGAAAUAGUCAUGUAAACAAUGCCCAAAGGCCUUUGUCUGUUAAUUUGUUUUGCAAUUUUCAUUUAACUCUGUAACUAAAUUUCAAAUGGUUCAGUUAAAUAUAUAUAUCCCAUGACCUCUCUAUAAAAA